AUGGCCUCGGCGAUUGAGCUGCCAGGCGAGGCAGCUCCGCUCACGCAUCACCAUGUGGUGGACGUCCUGAUCUCAGCUGCUAGUUCCACCCAGCAACAAGUUCAGGCAGGAACUAAGCAGCUGGAGCACUGGGAGCAUCAACCGUUGUACCAUGCCAUGCUUCAAGAUGUCUUCCUCGAUCGCACACUCCCCACUGAAGUACGUUAUCUUGCAAUCAUUCGGUUGAAACACGGCAUCGAUCGAUAUUGGCGUAAGACGGCGACACAGUUGGUUCUCCUUCGCGCUAUCUCCAAAGAUGAGAAGGCGCAGAUCAAGAGCAGGGCUUUGCAAGCUGGUGUGGAGGAGCCUGCUCGUCUGCUUGCUCUGCAGAAUGCACUAAUGGUGGCGAAAAUUCUACGAUUUGAAUUUCCCCACGACUGGCCCGAUGCCAUUACCUCUGUUCUAGCCUUUCUUCGAUCCUCAAUUCAGCCUGGCGCCAACCCACUGGGACUUCCGCGAACAUUGCUCAUUCUUCUACAAAUCAUCAAAGAGCUGUCGACUGCCCGCAUUCAGCGAACUCGUGUCCACCUACAAUCAGUCUCUCCGGAGGUCUUCCAGGUACUGGGCGGAAUCUAUGUUGAUAAAGUUGGUCAGUGGGUCGGCAUACUCGAGCAUGGAGGUGCGGACGAAGCGGGCUUACUGGAGGUCCUCGAACAAAGUCUGGUAUCUCUUAAGGUCCUCCGACGUCUCAUAAUCUCCGGAUUUGAGCAUCCGGCCCGUGAUCAAGAUGUGCAGAAUUUCUGGGCUUUAACCUACACACAAUUUAGUCAGUUUUUGGCGUUCCUAGACGGCUCUGUUCAAUUACCGCAGUCGGUCCAUACGGCCAUAGAGAAACAUGUCCUGCAAUUGUCCAAAUUGCAUGUCGAUAUGGCCAAGACGCAUCCGGCAUCAUUCGCUCGAUUCGAGAACAGCAUUGAGCUUGUAAAGUCUUACUGGUCACUCGUCGGAAAACUGAGCGAGACAUACACAAGCCUGGCGGCGGAUGUUGAGGCCGAAGGCAAGUCUCUUCUCGAGAAGGCCGGUUUACGAGCUUUGCUACUCAUCAGAGCCUGCGCCAAAAUGGCCUUCAACCCAGCCCAGACCUUCAAAUAUCAGAGCGCCCAGGAUAAGGAAGAACGGAAGCAGGCGGUGGAGCGGAUCAAGACCCAGCUUUUCACGGAAGACUUUGUGGUCAAUGUCAUGGAACUGCUUGUCACGCAAUUCUUCAGAUUUCGAAGUAUUGACUUCCAGGAAUGGGAGGAAGACCCUGAGUCCUGGGAAAAGAAAGAGGAACAAAGUACCGAAGCUUGGGAAUUUUCAAUUCGAUCCUGCUCCGAGAAGCUCUUCCUCGACCUCGUUAUACACUUCAAAGAUUUGCUCAUUCCUCGAUUACUGCACGUUUUUUAUUCUUUCGCCACUACGGAAAAUCGAGAUGUGGUACUCAAGGAUUCCUUGUACUCGGCUAUUGGGCUUGCGUCAGCGAGUCUUGAGCAGCACCUGGACUUCAAUAGCUUUCUGGAGAAGACGAUGGUCCCUGAAGUUCAGAUCACCGACCCCGAGUUCAGGCUCUUGAGACGGCGAAUCGCAGUAGUGCUUGGCCAGUGGAUGCCGGUCAAGCCAGGCGAAAUCAAUCGAGACGCUGUCUAUCAAAUAUUCCAGUACCUGCUAAACAAGGACGACCCACUCAACGAUCUGGUAAUUCGGAUAACUGCAGGUCGCCAACUGCGGAAUGUCCUCGAUCCUUGGGAGUUCACAGCUGAGGGCUUCAUGCCCUAUGCACAGUCAAUACUGGGUAGUCUCAUGGCUCUUGUGCAAGAGGUAGAGGCUGCUGAGACAAAGAUGGGGUUGUUGGACACAGUCAGAGUGGCUGUGGUCAAGAUGGAACACCACAUUGUUGGAUUCUCGGAUCAAAUUCUGUCAUUGCUUCCCUCGUUAUGGGAGGAAUCUGGAGACGAACAUCUCAUGAAGCAGGCAAUCUUGACCCUUCUAUCAUCCUUGAUACACUCUUUGAAGCAGGAAUCCGCCAGGUAUCAUGGGCUCAUUCUACCCUUGAUUCAGAGCUCUGUUCAUCCCGAGUCGGAAACAAUUGUUUAUCUUCUAGACGAAGCACUGGAGCUAUGGACUGCCAUUAUCAUGCAAACACCGAGCCCUGCCUCUCCUGAGAUUCUUGCUCUGCUGCCUGCGAUUCUUCCCAUUCUCGAAGAAGGAACUGAUGCCACUCCUCAAGGUCUGCAGAUCGUGGAGUCGUAUGUUCUCCUCGCUCCCCAGGCCGUGCUCAGCGACGAGCUUCGGCUUCCGAUCUUGAAUUCCCUUCAAACGCUUCUUCAGUACACCACAAAGCAGCGCACAGGAGUCGUUCCUCGCUUAGUUGAUAUGAUGAUUCGCGGUGCUGAGGCUGUAGAUGGGGGAAGCGAGGCCAGCUACAGCGCCAUCUCCCAAUCACUUCUCGAUAGCUCGUUCCUCCAGUCGCUACUCCAAGGCCUCUAUUCCGCCCACGAGGCGAGUCAAACAACUGGACCAAACAAGAAAACCACAUACGUCGCCGGGGUUGUCGAGACAGACUAUUACUCUGUUCUCGCGCGUCUCGCACUCGCGAACCCGAGCAUUUUCGCCUCGGCCGUCGCCGCAGCGACCAACUCCACUCAAGAGCAGACUAUCUCAUGGCUUCUGACCGAGUGGUUCUCUCAUUACGACAACAUUGGCAGCGUGAAUCAGAAGAAGCUGCACGCGCUUGCUCUGACCCAACUCCUCGCUCUCCGUGUCCCCUCAUCCGAGUCGUCUCAAGUCGCCCCUCCUCCGGCCUAUCUCUUCAACCACCUGCAGUCCUACCUCACCAUCUGGACCGAUAUAAUCACCGAGCUCGCCGAAGGGGGCACUGACCCGAACGCGGAUUACCUUGUUUAUUGGAACGCCCCGGCCGGUUCGGAGACUGCUCAACCCGAAGAACAGGAGAACGAAGAUCCCGAAACUCGCCGCCGGCGUGAAUGGGAUCACGUGGAUGCUAUUCAUCGAUUCCCUAUGCGUGACUUUGUGCGACAUCGUCUACAAGAGCUAAUCGUGGCUUGUGGUGGAGCUCAGCGUUUCCAAGAAGAAUGGCUGAUGAAUGUCGACGCUGAAGUGGUUGCAGCAUUUGCCGCGCUGGGUCUGAUUUGA